AUGGGUGGUCGAAGAAGCAUCGCAUGUUUAGCAUCAUUGAUGGUAGGCAUGGUGUUGAUAAUGAUGAUCAACAGUACAGAGGCACAAGACACAACUUCUUGCGCUUCUAAUUUAAUUCCUUGCGCUGAUUUCUUGAAUUCCACCAAACCACCAAGCUCUUGCUGUGAUCCACUCAAGAAAACCGUUGAAACUCAACUCACUUGUCUCUGUAAUCUCUUCUAUACCCCUGGUUUGCUUGAAACCUUUCACGUCAAUAUUACUCAGGCUCUUGGACUCGCUGGUAAGUGUGGUAUUCCCGGUGGUAUCUCCAGCUGCAAACAAGCUGGGUCAGCUCCAGCUCCAACUGCCGGCGGGUCCCCAUCGGCUAAAGGUGGUGGUGAAUCGGGUGAUAAAGGAGGUGCAGGCAGAGUCUCAUUCACUGGGUUUUCUUUUGUACUCUUAUUAGCAUCCAUGCUGUUCAAUUAG